AUGUUUAACGCGUGCAAGAGAGGCUCUAGCUCGGUAUCAAGAAUUUUUAGCUUCGUCAGAGUCACCAAUAGAAUAUCUACUCCUAAUCCAUUAAUUCUUCGCAUUCCUAUUUUGUCUAAUCAUAAAACCCUAUCAGAAACACGGUGGAUCCACAUCUCUUCUGCACUCAAGAAUCAAACAAGUGAAAUUAACGCUCACCAACGUCGAGAUGUCACAAAGUUUGAGGAAUUGGCAGAGCACAACAUGGUACACCCAAACAUAAUUCAAGAGAUUACUCAGAACAUGAAGCUCCACACAUUGACAGAAGUACAAGUUGCCACGAUUAAUGAAGGAUUACAGGGAGUUGAUAUAAUUGCACAAGCCCGAACAGGUACUGGAAAAACUUUAGGGUUUUUAAUCCCUACAAUUCAAAACAUACUCCGAAAAAGCCCAGAACUUGCGACUCGACAGAGGUAUUCCAAGGCUCGGCCAUCCGAUAUACGUGCAAUAAUAAUAUCUCCAACUCGUGAAUUGGCCGAGCAAAUAGCAGUUGAGGCGCAAAAACUCUGUCAUAGGACUGACUUAAUCGUACAAGUCGCAGUUGGCGGCAAUAGUAAACGUCGUAUGUUGAUGAAAACACAACGAGAAGGCUGUCACCUUCUUGUAGCCACUCCAGGUCGAUUGAUGGACCUCUUGACGGAUGAAAGUAGCGGCGUCUGUGCUCCAAAUCUAACAAGUCUGGUCUUAGAUGAGGCUGACCGACUUCUUGAUGAUGGGUUCUCAAGGGACAUUGAGGAAAUAGUAAAAAUCCUUCCUGACCGACGAGUCAUUGAUCGCCAAACUCUCCUCUUUUCCGCUACCGUUCCGAAGGAAGUCAUGCACUUGGUGCGAAAAACCUUAAAGAGUGACUUUCAUUUUGUACAAACUGUCAAGGAAGGCGAGCUUGCGACGCACGAAAAGGUACCUCAGAACAUAAUUAUCGCUCCUGGAGUCGAAAACUGGAUGCCUAUUCUUGUUGAAAUAUCUAAGAAAGCAUUAAGCGCUCAGGACGAAUUACACAAUACCUCUCCCUCAGAACAAGCUAAACCAUUCAAGGCGAUAGUUUAUUUUACAUCCACAGCUCAAGUAAAACUUGCUUACGAAAUUAUAGCCGGACUCAAGCCUGAAAAUCAAGGCUCUAGACAUCCAUUAUAUCCAGUACAGCUAUUCAUUAUUAAUGGCACAAUGACCCAAGAAGCGCGGACUCGUGCUGCUUCAAACUUUCGUCGAUGCUCAAGUGGUAUGUUGUUUUCCACUGACGUGACUGCACGAGGAAUGGACUUUCCCGGUGUCUCCCAUGUCCUUCAGUUUGGUCUUCCCCCGAACAAAGAACAGUAUAUCCACCGAGUCGGCAGAACUGGUCGUGGUGACAACACUGGUGAUGGUUUUAUAAUCAUUGACCAGUCCAAUCUUGAAAAUGGAAAGCGUAUGUUACGUGGUCUGCCGAUAAAAGAAAACAAGUCCAUCGAGACCGCAAAGGUCGACAUGUCAAGUAGUGCACAGAUACCUGAAAGUAUCGCUGGAAUCUUCUCUCAAGUUGCUGAGGCUACACAGGCCAGUAGUCGUCGCUCCAAAGAAGCUGCAUACAAGUCCUCUCUAAAUAACCUCAAGACUGAUGAGCAGUGUCUAGCCCUAGCACGAUGGACCAAGUAUGGAUGGGGAUUUGACGAGCCACCGCCCAUUUCAUCGACCCUAGCGAACAAACUAGGCCUACGGAAUCGACCAGGAAUCAACAUUGGAAGACCCACAGAAUUUCCAGACGAGCCCGAACCAAGAUUCAACUCUCGAGGACAAGGAGGUUACCAAGAUAGAGCCGGAUUUGGAAACCAGAGCGGAGCCAGAAGCAAUUUUAGGAGCCGCGGUGGAGAUAGGGAUAGCUUUGCAAGUCGUGGCGGAGAUCGAGGUGGCUUCCAAAAUCGCAGCGGAGACAGGGAUAGCUUCGCAAGUCGUGGCGGAGAUCGAGGUGGUUUCGGUAGCCGUGGUGGAGAUCGAGGUGGCUACGGAAACCGUGGUGGAGAUCGAGGUGGCUUCCAAAAUCGCAGCGGAGACAGGGAUAGCUUCGCAAGUCGUGGCGGAGAUCGAGGUGGUUUCAGUAAUCGCGGUGGGGAUAGAGGCGGCUUCGGAAACCGCUCAGGAGAUCGAGGGGGGUUUGAACGACGGAGAUGA